AUGAUGACCGAACCUAUUACUACGGAUGGAAUCAUGGACAGUUUUGCUGAGAUGAAUACCGGUAGUUCCAAUGAUGAAAGAGAAAGAGUCGCUCAAAUUGAAAGCCUUAUGCAGCAAAUGACGGCAUGGGACAAGAGCCAACUCUUCCAAAGACUCACUAAUGAAGCCAAGUUGAACAAUCCAUUCUUGUCCCCACUCACAUUCCAAACGGAGAUCAAACAAGAAGUGAAGGUGAAUCCACCAAAACCAUAUGACGGAUUAAUGGAGGAACCACAAAGGACAUUGUUGGCAAAAAGUUUCUUAACAGAUGCUCAACUAUUCUUCAGUACCACAAACCUUACUGAGGCUGACAAGAAGAUUCUCUUCGUCAACUGGUUGUCUGGCUUUGCAAAAAGCUGGGCAAUCGAACGGUUUGGUACCUUGACGUUAGAGGGUUUACUCGCUGCAUUUAGAGAUGAAUUCAUGCCGGAGAAUACAGUGUUAGCCAGUAUUGAGCUGUUGCGUCUGAUUAUUCAAAGAACUGACACGGUGGUUGAAUAUGCUAAGAAAUUUAGACGUCAAGCUACGUUGGUUAAUGGGGCUAUUUCAGAUGAAAUCCUCGCUGGUUUUUUUAUAACAGGUUUGAGGAGAGAAACGAAGAUCCACCUCAUUACCCGCGGAAUUACUUCGUUACAUGCAGCCAUUAACGAAGCAAUUAAGUAUGACAAAAUUAGGUUCACCAAUGGAGAGAAGAACCCCUUUAGGAAAAAUGAGGAAAAAGACAAGAAGGAUUUUUCCAAGGACCAUUAG